AUUACAACAUGACUGGAAUAAACAAUCUAGGCUACAAUGACAUCGAACCAAUUCUGAUAACGAGUGUCCGAUAAUUAAUGGCUGAAAUGUCGCGUCGUAAAGUCGAUCUUGUGACUUAUACAUCAAACGUUUAUUAGACGGCUUUGUAUAAGAAACUUUACCUUAUUAUGUGAGGUACAUAAAUUCUUGCAAAAGUUAAUAAACUUGAUCGCAUUUAAAUGACGGGUGGAAUCGGGUGGCUCGUUCGUCUUAACAGUGAAGCAACAGCUAGUAAGGAUGGUUUAUGGCGAGUCGAAGAAGAGGAGGAAGAAGAGUCUAGAAUCUAGUCUGGAGUUUCGGACAUGCACGAGACUCUUUCUAGUUUUCCGGAACAGUUUGGAGAUGGCCCGAGAAAAGCAGAAAUAAAAUCAGAAAUUCUGAAGGAGCCUGAUAAGAUCACGGACAAUCUAAAAUGCGGUUGGUUCUGGUUCAGACCAAUUUAUUUACAGAAAUUUCGCACCGCAAAAUGGGCGCUUUUCUGGUUAUGUUGGGCCGGGGCUAUGCAGGGAAUGGUCGUGAAUGGAUUUGUAAACGUUGUCAUAACGACAAUAGAAAGAAGAUUCGGAUUAAAAUCGUCAGAAACUGGAUUGAUAGCGGGUGGAUAUGAUAUUGCUAGCUUCCUUCUUCUUGUACCAGUAAGCUAUCUUGGUGGCCGUGCAAAAGCAUCGAAACCAAGGUAUAUCGGCGUAGGGAUUCUAGUCUUAGGUAUAGGAAGCCUGUUGUUUGCAUCUCCGCAUUAUCUUGCUGGACCAUACAGAGGAGGUCAGCAAACAGAAAACGUAUGCCAAAGUGUUACUAAUAUGUCGAGUCAUUCGAUAUCCUGCACGGAUCAAUCUACCGUUCCAGCGGAGCUAGAACCUUACAGUGGCGUGUACUUAACCAUAUUUCUGGUAGCUCAGCUGUUACAUGGUGCUGGUGCGGCACCUUUUUAUACACUCGGGGUGACAUAUUUAGAUGAAAAUGUUUCAAAAAAGAUGUCUUCAGUGUAUUUAGGUAUUUAUUAUACUAUGGCCAUAAUAGGACCUGCAUUGGGUUACGUUAUCGGUGGCGAACUUUUGAAAAUUUACACGGAUUUUCUUACGGUAGAUUCUACGACAAUUGGACUAACUCCUGAUAGUAAUGUCUGGAUUGGUGCAUGGUGGAUUGGAUUUUUGGCUGCAGCUGUUGUUUGCUUCAUCAUCGCGGUACCUGUAUUGGCAUUUCCAGCAAUUUUACCUGGAUCAGAGGAGUUAGCUAAGGAUAAGGUGUCAGAGGCACACGACAAAUCGACCCGAUCUCCCACUACGGAAACGGGAAAAGUAUUUUCCAAAAUACGAGAAUUGCCACGUGCUUUAACCGAAUUGCUUGGAAAUCCAGCAUUUUUUAUGCUAAAUUUAGCAGGUGCCAGUGAAGGAUUACUAAUCGCUGGAUUUGCUGCUUUUCUGCCAAAAUUAAUUGAAAAUCAAUUCAGCGUCAAUGCCAGUUCGGCUGCAUUACUAAUGGGCUUAGUAACCGUACCGGCAGGAGGCGGCGGUACUUUUCUCGGUGGUUAUUUGAUAAAACGUUUUAAUUUAUCCUGUUCUGGCAUAUUGAAAUUUUGUCUAUUGGCUACGGCUGCCUGCAUCGCUUUUACAUUAUGCUUUGCUCUAAAUUGUCCGAACAUAAAUUUCGCCGGAUUAACCGUUCCUUAUCAAAAUAUCACGAGAAAAAUUUCAUUAUCUUUGGAGAACAUCUGCAAUAAUGGUUGCGGGUGUUCCAGAUUACAAUUCGAUCCUAUAUGCGGUGUUGAUGGUAUCACAUAUUAUUCACCUUGCCACGCAGGAUGUUAUCAUGAAACAUCGAUAAACGAUGUUAAAAUAUACACGGAUUGUAGUUGCAUACAUUCACCCGCAAUGAAUUUAACAACUGAGAAUAGUGGCGACAUUGUUUAUUAUCAAGCUAUCAAUACCACAUGUGAAAGCACGUGCUCGUACCUAUGGUUGUUUAUCGCUUUGGCAUUUUGCAAUAUGUUCAUGACCUUUCUAUGUACAAUGCCAGCACUCUCAUCUACAUUGCGAGUCGUACGGGACGAUCAAAGAUCGUUUGCUUUAGGCAUACAAUGGAUCAAAGUUCGAAUUUUGGGAACAAUACCAGCACCUAUGGUAUUUGGCGCUCUUAUAGAUGAUACUUGCAUCUUAUGGAAUGAAACCUGCGAUGGUAGAGGAGCAUGUCUCGUAUAUGACAAUUAUUAUAUGAGCAGAUACAUGCUUGCUCUAGCCUUUAUUGGAAAAGCAGCUUCGCUUCUUUUCUUUUUCUUAGCAUGGUGGACUUAUAUUCCACCAGGAAGUAAAGGCAUCGAUCAGAAUUCGCGGCAGCAAACUACAACUACUUUAACGCUAAGCGAUACAUCUCAAGAAGUUCAAAUAAUACCAACUACGAUAGCAUAAAUUUCGAUUGCUUUGUGAUUUAGAAAAUUAUUCUCUUAGAACUACUACUACUUUAUAAAAAUGAUAGAAAUAAUUACAAUUUAUUACAUGGAUAAACAAAAUGUUUUAGCAUAUCUUUUUGUAGUAAGACAACUCUGAAGAUAAGAUAAUUCCAGUAUACAACGAGUAUUAUCACAAAUACCUAAGUAAAUAUUAAGAUGGAAUAAAUGUUUAUAUAGAACAUUUAUGUUGAUAGAACGCACAUUAAAACGUGGAAGUAUGGAACGCUUUUUUAUGUGUUAAUAAGGCUCCUGGCUCAUUGCCGACUAUGUUGAAAUUGUGAUGUCAGAGCCAAAAAAAA